AUGGCGGCCUCACUUAACAUGGACGAGGUGAGAGGCGCCUUCCCCGCACUCAAGACAGACCAGAUCUUCCUCGACAAUGCCGGUGGCAGCCAAACCCUCGGAACCGUGGCCGAAGCGAUCACCGACUGGCUGCACACUUCCAACGUCCAGCUGGGAGCGACCUACGCCGUCGGCAAGGCAGCCACGGACAAGUACAAGGCCGGGUACGCCGCGGCGGCAAAGUAUGUGAACGCCCCUGUGGACGAAGUCGUCAAACAAAAAGUGCUUGGUCCAUCCACAACGCAGCUGUUCCGCAACUUGUCAUACUCGUUGAACUUCAACCCGGGCGACGAGCUCGUCGUGUCCGCCAUCGACCACGAGGCCAACAUCGCGCCGUGGGUCGACCUCGCCGCCCGGCAGCAGCUGACCCUCAAGUGGUGGCGGCCGGACUCGACCGUGAACCCCAAGCUCACGGCCGAGGGCGUGGGUCCCCUCCUGUCGGACCGCACCCGCCUCGUGGCCUUCACGCACGCGAGCAACAUCCUCGGCACCAUCCACGACGUCCGCGGCAUCUCCAAGCUGGUCCACGCCGUCGUGCCGCAGGCCAUCGUGGUCGUCGACGCCGUCGCGUACGCGCCGCACCGGGCCGUCGACGUGCAGGCGCUCGGGUGCGACGUGUACGCCUUCUCGUGGUACAAGGUGUACGGGCCGCACCUGUCGAUGCUCUGGGCCGGCCGCCGGGCGCAGGCGGCGAUGCGCUCGCUGGGCCACUUCUUCAACCCGAGCGCGUCGCUGGCGGACAAGCUCGGGCUGGGGUCCGCGAGCUACGAGCUCGUCCCGUCGCUGCCGGCGGUGGUCGAGUACAUGAAGGGCAAGGAGGAGGCGAUCGUGGCGCACGAGGCGAAGCUGCAGGGCUUGCUGCUCGACUACCUGAAGUCGAGGCGCGGUGUGGUUGUGCAUGGAGAGACAAGCUCUGAUCCAAUGCUGCGAGUGGCCACGGUGAGCUUCACGGUCGAGGGAUUCGACUCGCAAUCAUUUGUCGAGCAGGUUGAGAAAGACUCGAACCUCGGGUUCAGAUGGGGCUCUUUCUACUCCAACCGGCUCGUUGAAGACUUCCUCGGCCUUGGCAAGACCGGUGUCGUGAGAGUCGGUAUGGUCCAUUACAACACUGAGGAAGAAAUCCAGAUUCUCAUUGCUGCCUUUGACAAGUUCCUAUGCCCACGGGAGUGA